AACUAAGCUAAACGGUCAGUUCCACAGGUAUGGAAUCGCUCAACUGUUACUGAGGGCGAAAACCACUCUUCUGGAUGGUGGACAUAGAAUUAUCGGCUCUCGCCGCAGAUCAAAUUCAACUCUAAUCGCCAGCCUUGGCAUACGUAGCUAAGCAGAAAAUGUUUUAGAACUGCGAGGAACCAAAGGCAAGCGGAGUAGGUUUGAAACAUAGAGCAGAGACUAAGGUCGUAAGGAACGGCGUGCGGACACUCCGUUGACUCGUCUUUCGAAUUUCAUCUCCGGUGCUGAGAACGCGUAGCGAUUCGUCGCCAAAGAUACUUUAGUUAGUAUUAGUCAUGUAUCACCAAUAGACUAGGAAAAGUUGGAUCGUGGUCUCGAGAGCGGACUAGACGCGUGGAAUCACACCACUGCCGUUAUUUGCGGCGCUGAAGAAGACCACCUGGCUCUGUGGUGUCAGGCUCCCUUCGUAUUCGGUUGCAUUUACCAUGGAUGAGGAGCGACAUCAUCCGCAGUGCCACCUACCUGCGCCUGUGCAGUCAUCGGGCCAUCAAAGAAGGAAUCCAGUUUCCUUUGCGACACGACAAAGUCGAUCAAGAACAACACUGUGCACACCACUUCGGCCGUGUGGACGAUUACUCAUUUUAGGCAUAUUCCUCCUCGCAAUACUACUAGAACCAGCCCUAUCUCAAAAUCCACAGAUUCGUCUAGAUCCCAGCCUUACUCUUGUCCAGGAUGAAACGACAACAGCGACCAUUACCCUGGAAAACACUACCGUGCAGCUGCUAAACAGCGGAGUGGUGUUAUCAUCGUUCCCGAGCGAUUUAACCACGUCGCUUACUAUUACUCUCGUGUCACCACCGGACUGGGAUCGCGAAGGCCUGCUGUAUGACUCCGGGAUAUCCGAGCCGGCAUCGACAAACCGGUCUCCAACUGACGGAACACUGGUGCUGAACUUCACCAACUUCUCUGAUCUCCAAUUUACUGAUACACUGCGAGGACUACGCUACCAUCAUACACUGCUCGCGCCGUCCAACACGGAAAGCCGCAACGUGACGAUACGUGCCACGACCGCGCACAAUGUCUCGAACACAAUCACGGUCGUUGUCAGCUGGGAUGCGUCGUACGCCGCAUUCCCGCAGGUCGCCCUGUCGGCCACCGCACGGCUCGGCGAGAGAACUAGCGUGAGCUUCACGGAAGGAUCGACGUCGCUGACGUACCUGUCGCCUAGCGUGCGUCUGGACUAUCCAAUCACCGAGACAUUCACCGAGCUAAACCUCACACUCAAUGCUAUUCUCGCUGACGGUAGGGACUAUGACCUCACCGGAGAUGGUGAUCGCAUCUUCCCGUUCAUCACCACCAUCCCGCUAGUGCAGACUGAACUGGUGGGUAGUACGUUGGUUGUCACGCCGCUGUUGCCUGGAGGCUCUCUCAAUCUACGGGAAUGGCGGGAUGACGUUCUUGUACAGUUGGUCUACACGAAUGUGGAUGCUGAGCCCAAGUAUCGUUCCAGCCACCUGGAGGCUGGUGGGGCGGACCUCAUCAUUCACCGCUGGGUAACAUAUUCAGUGAAAACCUCUCGGCACGGGAGUGACGUCAUCAACAUCGGCUCGGUCAACAUCACCCUGGCAACGAUCAAUGACAGUCCGCCAGUACUGUGCGCCCAGUGCCUUAGCGAUGACGGCAGCGACACACCGUGCGUCAGUUCGACCGGUGGACUCACGGGCCGACGACGAAGACGCCGCAGCUCCUCCGAGCCGACAUUCGAUGAGUCCCUGCUCACCAAUGGCCUGGAUCUGUUGUCCGAACUUGAUAGACAUCGCCCGCUUGAAGCUACACCUACCGUAAACUUUUCAGAACUAGUAACUCACGAUGACCAGCUCCUGCAUGUUCACAUCGAGUUCUCGUCCGACACUAAUCGCCCGCAGCUCAACCCGCUCGGAUCGCACAGCCUACACUUGGACGGCGACUCCGUCCACCAAGGCGACCUGACAGCGGUGUGGCGUGACCCGCGCAAUCUCUACCUAGUGCCACGCAUCAGCCAGCGCAAGGCAUUGGUACCAGUGCAUACUCCACUGAGGCUUUGCUUCAGGUUUGGCUCCAGCCACCACCACGCCGAUGACAAUGUCCGCAGGGUAUGUCGCACCGCGGUGUGCCACGCUUCGGGCUGGUCUCGUCCUGUCCCCAGUGACAAGUGGUGCGCUCGGCACACUCAUCUCCGAACCGGCACCCGCCUCUACGUCAUACCAGGUCAGCAUGAUAACCAUCACGCACAUUCCCAGGCGUCCUUGGGAGCUGCUUCACUCUGCUUCAUGACCUUGGCGUUCAUGUUCCUGUUGCUAUUCAAGCAGCGGAAGGGGAAGUCGCCUCCCAAGUCUCUAUCCAGCCGCCGCUCCAAAGCUAAAAGUCGCAGGUGGAAGCUCGCCAAGCACAGAAGCAGUGCCGAGGGAAAUCUGCCAAGCAAUCGCUGUCCUGUAGCAGAGCCAAUCAAGAGCGACAGCAGAGACCGAACGGCAAUCUUUGGCAAAGAAGUGAUCGUUCACAUUCCGUCCCCUUCCAACCUGACUGGCAACUCGCUACCGUUGAAGACGCGGCGAGUUGGCAGCAUCGAAGAAAUGGCCACCGAACAAUUGGAUUAAGCCAAGUCUGGUGGUACAUUCACUACCUUCUGACCUUGACGUGACGAGCUCCACUGCCGGGGCGGUGUAGUUUAUAUUAUAAAACAACUCAAUGUAGAAUUCUCGCACAGGAUAUUGUCUGAAAUUAUUUCCAGCGUUUCUGUGUCUAGAAUUGCAAUUAUCGUCACUAGUACACACAGUACGCAGGACCAAGGACUAUAUACGUACUUGCAGAUGAUUUCCAGAGGACCUAUAUAGCCAGCGUAUGUACACAAACAGUCUGUACAGCUUGUAGAUACAAUUGCUUGAGACAACAUGAUUAUUAUUAUUGAAUUUUCUGUCCCCAAGAGCUCGUGAUUUUGCCCCGUAUGAUCAGUGUGCACUGUAGGAUCCCGUAGUUUCUGCAUUUUACAUGGAAGCCCUUUGUUGAUCUGCUCAAUUCCUAGCCAGCACGUGUAACAUAGUCAAAAAAUACAGCGAUCCUCUUUUUUACACAA